AUGGCGCCCACGCGGCACGCGCCGGCAAAUACCCAGAAGAGCAUGAGAGAAGAAAUUGAAUCGGUUCUGCAGGAGCGGAUAAUGAUUUUGGAUGGAGGCAUGGGUACCAUGAUCCAGCAGCACGCCCUCUCAGAAGAGCAUUUCCGAGGGCAUGAAUUUAAAGAUCAUUCCAAGCCUUUGAAAGGCAACAAUGACGUUCUGAGCAUAACUCAGCCCGAUAUCAUCUGCGACAUUCACAAGGAAUACCUGCUGUCGGGUGCUGACAUCAUCGAAACCAACACUUUCAGCAGCACCCGAGUUGCACAAGCUGACUAUGGCCUUGAGCAUUUGGCCUAUCAGUUAAACAGAGCCUCAGCACAGGUGGCCAGAAAAGCAGCAGAUGAUGUAGCUGCUCAGACAGGAAUUAGGAGAUAUGUUGCUGGAGCCAUGGGUCCAACAAACAGGACGCUCUCUGUAUCGCCCUCUGUGGAAAGGCCAGAUUAUAGGAACAUCACUUUUGAUGAGCUGGUUGAAGCCUAUACAGAACAAGCCAAAGGGCUUUUGGAUGGAGGAGUGGAUAUCAUGUUAGUAGAAACCAUAUUUGAUACAGCCAAUGCUAAGGCUGCUCUUUUUGCUCUCCAGAAGUUGUUUGAGGAAGAGUAUGAUCCCCGACCAAUAUUUGUGUCUGGAACUAUUGUAGAUAAGAGCGGACGUACCCUCUCAGGCCAGACGGGAGAGGCAUUCGUCAUUAGUGUUUCUCACAGUAAGCCACUUUGUGUUGGCUUAAACUGUGCUUUAGGGGCAGUUGAAAUGCGACCUUUCAUUGAAACGAUUGGGAAGUGCACAACAGCCUACAUCAUYUGUUACCCCAAUGCAGGUACAUUGUGUGCAUGUGCACAUAUUCCUGUGCUUGUGUACAGAAGAAAUACGUUUAAACAUUCCUUUUCAAUUGGAAAUAAGAGUCUUCCCAAUGCUUUUGGUGGUUAUGAUGAAACUCCAGAAGUAACUGCCAAGCACAUAAAGAAUUUUGCCAUGGAUGGUUUAGUUAAUAUAGUUGGAGGUUGCUGUGGGACUACACCAGCACAUAUCAGGAAAAUUGCUGAAGCUGUGAAAUGCUGCAAACCUCGUGUGCCACCAUCUUCUCUCUCUGAAGGAUACAUGCUGCUAUCAGGUCUGGAGCCGUUCAGGAUUGGGCCGUACACCAACUUCGUUAAUAUUGGCGAGCGCUGCAACGUUGCAGGAUCACGCAAGUUUGCUAAACUCAUCAUGGCAGGGCAGAGAGGCCGAAGGAAAGGGCUGGUAGUGCCGCCUGCCUCGCACGUGCCGAGCGUGCCUGAGGCGGGAGAGGAGGCCGGGCYGCCCUGCAGCCUGGCGCCCACUGCUCCCCGCCAGCGCCUGGCCUGGGCCCGUGUGCCCUUGGAUCACGGGCUGAGCGAGAGCCGCUGUGGAAARAGGGAUUCGGAAAGUGCUUGCCAGUUGGAAUGGCUCAAGAACCAAAGCAGAAAGGCUACAGAGCUGGUUUUUGUCUUUAUACUGGUGUAUAUCUUCCCUGUAACUUUGUUAAAGCAAAUAGGGUAG